AUGGCGACUGACGACUCGGACGUGCCAGCAACUGGCGCUGUCUUCACCUUUGGUAAGAGCCGUUUUGCUGACAAUACUGCCAAUAAGUUUUGGAUUCGCAAUGACAAAGUAAUCCAGGUAUCAUGUGGUGAUGACCAUACCUCAUUUGUUACUGAGAGUGGCCGUAUCUUUACAUUCGGUGCUAACGAGUGGGGACAGCUUGGUCUGGGCCAUACAAAAUCAACAAAUAAACCUGGAAGCAUCAAAGGUUUAAAGCAUGAAGGAGUUGUAUUGGUCGGGUGUGGUCGUCUUCAUACCAUAGUAUGCACCAGGAACCACACCCUGUACAGCUUUGGAGCUGGAGGGGAGGGGCAGCUUGGCUUGGCCGGGUCUAGGAGCUACGAAACACCACAGCUGGUUCAAGAGCUAGCGGAUGUUCAAGUGAAGCAGAUUUCAUGUGGGACCGAACACUCUGCCAUACUCACUGUUGAUGGCAGUCUGUACAUGUUUGGGAGUGGUUCCGAGGGCCAGAUGGGACUGGAUGAUGUGACAGAGACUGAGGUCCCUACACCGCUAUCCGUGGGAGUACCCAUCAAGCAGGUGUCAUGUGGUUACUACCACACUGCGUUAGUCACAGAUGAUGGGAAACUUUACACCUUUGGUGAGAACGAGUUUGGUAAACUGGGUCUGAGUGACACAAACUCGGCUAGCGUUCCACAGCAUGUUAGCUUAAUCAAGGACAGAGUACGACGAGUGUCGUGUGGGAAUAGCCAUACUGCUGCAGUCACAGAUAGUGGUCACGUGUAUACGUGGGGUGAUGGGAGCAACGGUCAGCUCGGACACGGUCCGUCCAUUCUAGAACUUAAUGUACCUCAGAGGAUAAUGAAAUUACGGGGAAAGAAAUGUCGGGACGUUGUGUGCGGGGAGAACCACACAGCGCUCAUAACUGAGCAUGGGUCUUUGUACAUGUUUGGUGACGGUAGACACGGCAAGCUGUGUCAAGGAGAUGAAAGCUUUAGUAACCUCUUCCAGCCAACUAAAGUCAAGAGAUUCAAGGGCUUCCAUGUAGAGCAGGUCUCAUGCGGAGGAUGUCAUACAAUCGUCAGAGCACGAUGGAAAGACAAAUCCAAAGGAGAAACUUCCUCGGAUUCUGAAGAUGAAGCGGACCCUCUCCGGUCCUCGGGUCAUAUGAAGAAAGGCUCGUUAGCGGCUACAUUAGCUGGGAUGGACUCAGUGGAUCUUGGAGGGUCGCUGGACGGCUCAGCGAGGGGACGCAGGAGACAGAGAGAGACAUCUCCGUUACCCCCACUGGCUCGGACUUUACCUCCACUUGGUUCUUCUAAGGCCUUGCCAACCCUCAACUCCUAUGGUGGACACGGACGUAAGCUGGACCAAAGCUUAAUACCAAAUAUCAAAUAUGAUGAGAAUGAUGUCCAAGAGGAAAUUAUUAAGAAGACCGAGUUGAAGAUAGUGGAAGCGUCACCGCGUAUCACAAGAAUCAAAGAUGUUGACCCUCUAGAGUCUAGGCAUUUCUCAGCAAGUAAAUCCGUACGUGAACUCAAACCAUUAUUAGAUGAGGCAAACGCUAACCACAAAGACACACAGGGCGGAGUAGAUGAAGUGGACUCAGGACCACGAACGAUAACCAAGGAGGGUAUGGAGGUCACUGAUCUCAAAUCUACAGACAAUGUGUCAAAUAAGGGCGUAAUAAAUACCAAAUUAUCUCCGUUAAAUAUGGCAAAGAAACCAGAAAGUCAUGAUUCAGGAGCUGAUUCUGAAGAAGACGAUGAUGAUGAUGAUGAUGAUGAUGAUAGUGACGAUGAUUUGCCAGUAAAGCCAUCAGUCAAAAGAAAAAACAGAUUUGACGCACUACUUGAGCCAUCAAGACCUGUCCCAGCGCCGCGGUCGAGGGCUCAAGCAAAGACAGUCUUAGAUGAUGAAGAUGAUGAUUCAGAGGAAGAUGAAGAUGAUGACGACGAAGAUGACGAAGAUGAGGAUGAUGAUGAAGAUGAGGUACCAGUCAAGAAAACAGAGACUAAAAAGAGUAACAGUCGCUCUGUUACGGGCUCUGAUGACACAAGAGAAAACCAGACAAAAACGACAAAAUCCAACAAGGAGAAAAUCACGCAAGAAAACAGUAAAAAGAAGACACAAGCAUCCGAGGAUGAAGACGAUGAAGAAGACGAAGACGAUGAAGAUGAUGAUGAUGAAGAUGAUGAUGAAAAUGAAGAAGAUGAUCAGACGUCAAAGGGAAAAGGGGACAAGUCUUCCAAGAAAGCGCCCAAGGACGAUGAGGAUGAUGUAAGCGAAGAGGGCAAGACGGACGACAAGAAGCAGAAAGGAAAGAAGACAAAGAAGACGAAAGGAGAAGAGCAAGAUGAUGAGAUUAAAGAAGAGGACAGUAAGGAGAAUGAGGAUGGGGAAGACGGAAAAACAACCGAUGAGCCAAAGAGCUGGCAGUUUUGGAAGAAGAAAGCCCCCGCCGGCAAAGUGGAAAAGUCCUCGAGCAGUGUCUCCAGUGAGGAGAAACCAACAAAUCAGAACAAAUCCAAGACCUGUUCCAUUUUAUAGCAGGUAGUCACUCAAAAGUACUGUACAGCAAAGUGUGGAGGAAGAAGAAAACCCCUAAAACAAACAGGAGUCUCCACAUGUUCCACUAAAAUAAUAACAACACUGAAAGAAGAAGAAGACGGUAUAACUACAACACUCCAUUUGCUUGUUUUGCGUUACGUGAUUUCUGUUCUCAUAAGCACUCGCGCGGUCCGAAAUUCGACAAAUUCACCUGACAUUACAAUAAUUUUGGAUGCGCAAUUUUGGGAGUCUAUGUCCCUGAAUUAUAAAGUGUAGUGCGUAUUAAAAGUGACGCGGCGCUUACACAUAGUUAUGAGUGGUACGCUGUGUGUGACGAUGUUUCAAGGGGGCCAAUUGAUCACUGAUGUCUUGGUACAAGACUAAUGCUGACGUGACAAAUAUGUGUUACUACUAAAAUAAUGCCAAAGGUUUUUUUAAAAUGUGUUUAUGAUAUUUUGCAUUUACAUGUAGAUAAGUUUAGCAAAGAAUAUGAAGGAAAAUGUUAUAUGGGUGCAGAUGCACAAACUAAUUGUAUAAUAAUAAUAUAUAAAUAGUUCAAUUUUAAGGAGAGGUCGGGGCUUACUAAGAGGUCAAAGUUGAACAAUUUCAUACCCUUCUGUGGUAUAGACCUUGUACAUUUGACUUUGUUUUGGUGAUCGCCUGUACAUGUUUAAUUUAUACGCAAGUUGCAACACCUUGGUGGGGAGUGUUGGGGGGGGGGGGGUUGAUUGCAGAAUGCACCAAGGCUCUUAUUCACGAAGAGCUAAGAUUGAUCUCAAUUGUAAUAGUCUCAAUUGCUAAGCAAAGUGUCAUGUCACGUAAAUCACAUGGUAAUACUGACAACUCAUCCUAUGACGAGUCUUGGUGCUUUGUGAAAUCGACCGCAGUUACAUUGAUGAAAUCUGAAAUCUAUGUUUGUAUCUGCCUUUUGAGUACAUGUAUGAUAGAAAAAAAGAAAAAAAAGGGAAUUUUAACAAGUUUUUACACAAAAUACCAAAACCCUGAAAGGUAAACAUAAUACACUGUAUGGUUGAAAAUAUGGUUUUAAAAUAGAAUAUAGUGAUCCACACAAAUAUACAUUGUAAUACCUCGAAGUUGUGUGUUUUGUAAACUUCGUUAACUACAUGGCAUCUGUUCCAAUUUGAUCAGGGUCAUCUCAAAGAAGUUGCACAAAAUAACGUUUUCUGAAAACUUCGGUUUAGAUGCAAAUUUCCUGAGAGUGGCUCUUGUUUUUUUUACAUGUAACAUGUACAACUGCAUCACAAAUCCAAUGUGUAUACUUAUAUUUGAGGGGAUUUUUUUUUCUUCCAGCAGUGCACUUUUUUUGUCCCACGCCUUUGCUCCCAUGUAGGCUACAACUUCAUGUAAGUGUUCAAAGUAGUUGAGGUUUUGACGAUGGCACUUUAUAAUGGAACAAUUAUCUGCUCAUGUAGUUAUAGUUUGUUCAUGACUGACAAAAUGUUAAUAAUGUGUGAGCAUUAUUGGAAGCAGUUUUUUUCAUGGGUCACAUUCCUGAUUGGGAAUUGUCAAAGACCAGUAUCCAUACUUGUUUUGACCCAAUAUACAUGUAUAUAUGAAAUAACA